UGUCAACAACAUAACAGUCUGUAAACACGGACACGCGUAGCCACUAAUCCCAAACAUGCUGUGCCUGCGUCAGGGGGCUCCCAGACACCAGCAGGAUCUCCUGGCAUUGUGAAGAGCAAUAAUGGUUUCUCUCGCUCAUCAGAUUGGCAGUAAAGCAGGCGCCUUAGAUGGUUUUGCUCGGCAUCUGCUGGGGAGUAAAAACAAUCUUGCAGCUGGGCAAUGCAGAAUCCUUUGUGCAGACUGGCAGUGCAGAAGGGCAUCAUGUGUGCAGCAAUGUGCCAGCCUGAGCACCAAGCACCCUGGCACUGGGCUUCCCCGGAGACCUCUUGAAGAUCAGCUGCAUCAAUAUAGCCCCACUGAGAAAGUGGACAACAAAACCUUGCUGUGGAACAGAUACCAUGAGAUGAAGAAGCUUGUGUAUGAUCUUCUUCCCCCUGGAGUCUGCAAUCUCAUCAACCCUGCCACCAUAUGUGCGAACAAUGAAAUCUUCUUGGGAGACAUAGAGGUCUAUGGCUUUGAUUAUGAUUAUACAUUAGCACAGUACUCUAAUGUAUUACACUCAAUGAUAUUCAACACUGCUAGAGACAUCCUUAUCGAACAGUAUAAGUAUCCUGAAGGUAUCAAGAAAUAUGAUUACAAUCCAGGAUUUGCAAUCCGAGGUCUUCACUAUGAUAUACAGAAGAGUCUUCUUAUGAAAAUUGAUGCUUUUCAUUAUAUUCAGCUUGGAACUGUAUACAGGGGCCUAAAACCUGUGCCAGACGAAGAAGUCUUAGAUUUAUAUGGAGGAACACAACAUAUCCCUUUGUAUCAAAUGACUGAUUUCUAUGGAAAGGGUCCUUCCCUUAAACAGUUUAUGGAUAUUUUCUCUCUACCAGAGAUGAAUUUGAUUUCAUCGGUCAAUGAUUAUUUUAUCAGCAAUGGAAUUGACUUUGACCCAGUCCAUCUUUACAAGGAUGUAACUGAGGCUAUAAAAGAUGUGCAUGUAAAGGGGAUGAUGUACAAGUGGAUUGAAAAGGACAUGGAGCACUUAAUUCUACACGGAGAGGAAAUUUAUUCUCUUUUGAACAGACUAUUAAACCACAAAAAGAAGAUUUUCCUUAUUACCAACAGCCCUUUCAGUUUUGUAAACAAAGGAAUGAAGCAUAUGGUUGGAAAGAACUGGAUAGAUCUCUUUGACGUAAUUAUUGUGCAAGCUGAUAAACCAGCGUUCUUCACUGACCGACGCAAGCCUUUCAGAAAAAUGGAUGACAAAGGUUCCCUUCAGUGGGACAAAAUAACUGAGCUGGAAAAGGGCAAAAUUUACAAACAGGGAAACCUGUAUGAUUUCCUACGAUUAACAGGCUGGAGAGGAUCCCACGUACUUUACUUUGGUGACCAUCUAUAUAGUGACUUAGCUGAUCUUAUGCUUCAACAUGGGUGGAGGACUGGAGCCAUAGUCCCGGAGUUGGAAGAAGAAAUGAAGAUAAUAAACACUGAACAGUAUAUGCACUCACUUACUUGGCUGCAAGCACUCACAGGACUAUUGGAGCGGAUGCAGAUUCAUCAAGAUGCUGAGUCAAAGCAAGUGCUGCACGAAUGGAUGAAAGAACGACAAGAACUGAGGUCUGUUACAAAGAAUCUGUUUAACCCCCAGUUUGGCGGAAUUUUUAGAACAUACCACAACCCAACAUACUUUUCUCGAAGGCUAAUCAGAUUCUCAGAUAUUUACAUGGCAUCUAUUAGCUGUCUGCUGAAUUAUGAUGUAAACUUUACAUUUUAUCCCCGUCGUACACCACUGCAACAUGAAGCACCACUUUGGAUGGAUCAGCUCUGCACUGGCUGCAUGAAGACACCUUUUCUAGAUGAAAUGGUGCACAUUCGAUAAAAUUUCCAUACUUUAAUUUAAUAGACUUUAUUAGUUUUAUUAGAGUGUGAAUUUCUAAAAAAAUUAAUAUAUCUAGAAAAUGUUGAACUUAAUGGUCUUCUUUUAAGUUUUCGGCUCCAGCUCAGUGUGUUUCAACUUCUUAGUGAUCACAAUCCAAGAGAUAACAACAUUUCCAUAUUGGAUCCAAGCAGAUAGUAAGAAAAUCAAAAUCUUCCUGAUCACUGUUUUGCACUUUAUUUCUUUACCAAAUAGACAUAUUAAAUUCAUUAAAUGGUGGUGAUAAACUGCAAAACUGGAGUUUUCAACACAUUUGACAGUAUUCCAAGCCUAUUUGGAAUAACUCUUCCAUAACUUUUGCACAUGUGAAGUACACUCUGAAAUGGUCACAACCACCAUUUUAGAUGUGUAUAUAAAUAUAUAUAUAUAUAUAUAUAUAUAUAUAUAUAUAUAUAUAUAUAUAUAUAUAUAUAAUUAUAUGGUCUAGAUUCAUUAAACCUAUAUUCAGCGCUAUUGCAUAGUUCCUCAGGGGCGAGGCAUACAUUUACAUAUAUAUAUAUAUUUAUGUUUAACAGACAGAUAAAUAAUAUCUUCUAAAUUAACAAGAUUUACAGGAAAUUUGAGAAAAUGGAAAUCACAACUGAAAAAUGUAUCAAUCGCAUUUGUAGUAUCUUUGUUUUUCUUUCCUACUUGUAUUUUAUUGUAAAGUACAGUAUUCUCAUCUUUAGGAACAUGGUUUCUCUCUGCAAUCUCAUCUUCUCAAUCUGGAGUUAAGUAUCUGCCAUUUAGGCCUCGUUCACAUACUUGGCGACGUGCGCAAAUACCAGCAUUGCCAUUUUUUUGCACAUCGCGCAAUAGCAAACCAGCACACAAGUUACGCGCGUAGAUUUUGCACGGCGUGCACAGUUUUUACUCCCAUAAACUAACAUAGAACUGGAUUCGGCAGUUGGUAUCACAUAGGCAGCGCAUGAACUUACGCAUGCAGAAUGGAUAUAUUUUACUCCAGUUUCAGCUCGCCACACAUAGUCAGGCGCAGCAACCCUUGCACACAGUAAAAAAAACUGCGUAAGUCCCUGGAAGGCUCAACAAACACCUAACGCAUCCGCACUCACAUACAAUACAGGCACAUAUAUCAAACACUUAACUCUUGCAUAGUUACUUAAUAAAUCAAACCAGUAUCCACCCUCUGCAAGAGACAGAACGUUUGGAAAGGCACCAUUUUAUUUUUUAGGUGUGAAGUCAACACAAACACUCUUACUCUCUUUGAUCUCCAAUUAGGUGUGCAAUAUACGGGCUUAAAGUACUGGUGACAUCAGAAAUGUGUAGUUGUGUACAUUUCUGGACGUCCUCAGAUUGACCUACUUAUGACUGUAUAUCAUAUGGUGGCAUGUGUUAUGUGAUUCACCCAAUGUGCAAGGUGAACUUACGGGCGGCGUGGGUUUCAGCAGUUGCGCUGAAACUUACGCUAACUAUGUGAUCGUGCCCCUAGUCUUUUUUUUUUUACCGCAAUCUUCUAACAGAUAUAGAAAUGCAGCAAAGAGAAACCCUGUUCUGUACAUUGAUAGUGAAGUUUGGAAAUUGUGGUCUGCACAGUUGGAAUAAAAAAAAAAAAAAAACUUAUAACAUAUUAAAAGUAUAACAAUAAAAUAGCCGACCAACAUGCCCAGUAUACCCAUGAUGCUAAAUAGUCAUCAUAUUGCUUAACACUUAUCAUAAAGAUCAUUAAAUUAAUAUGCAAAACACAGAAAUGGGGGGAGAUUUAUCAUAGUGCGAGUCGACAUGAUACAAUGUAGGGUAUCAUGUCCGCUGCACAUCGAUAAAUGCCGGCAGCAUACGCUGUCAGCCUUUAUAAUUGCACAAGCAGUUCUUGUGAACUGCUGGUGCAAUGCCAGGGGGGUGUCAAUAAACCCGAUCGUAUUCGGGUUGAUUUCUGUCUGUGGCCUCAGAGCAGGAGGACAAGUUAUGGAGCAGCUGCUUCAUAACUUCUGAUUCCGGUGAGCCUUCAGGCUCGCUCGAAAAUAGGGGCAUCAAGCUCCAUACGGAGCUUGAUAAAUCGGCCCCAUGGACUCAAUUAACUCCUUUAACCCUUUGCGUGCUAAGCACUUUCCCACCUGGGUGCUAAGCUGUUAAAAGGUUUUUUUUUUUUCUUUUUUAACUUUUUUUUUCUUUUUCCAGAUCCCCAAGACUUACACUGUUGGAAAGGUUAGGCGAUUACCUUUUAUUAACUGUGGGUCUUGAGGCGUCUGUAGCUGCUUUGAUGCCUGAGAUACAGGCUUCUAAGCAGCAUGCCCCCUUUUCCUAUACUUAACAUUAAUAAGUUUAAAUAAAGUUGCGCGGUGACGUCAUCAUGUCAUUGCGCGUGACGUCACUGCGCAUACCGUGAAACCCCGGCGAUGCCUGUCACUAUACAGGCCCGAUCGCCAGAGUAGGAGCCGGUGGGAGCCCCCAGAUUUCCUUUAAGGUGGGAGAGUGCUAGUGACGGCUCUGAGUGGGAAAUGUCGUUAGCACUGAAAGGGUUAACCAAUUUGUUAUUUCAAUUAUUAAUCUUCAUUAUCAGCAAUUCUGAGUGCCGUUGUGGGAAAAUGAAAAUCAAAUCUUGUGUGAAUUAAAAAACAGGGUUGUGUUUGAUUUUUUAAGAUUGUGAUCACUUUGUUAAUGAAAAAAAGUUGGUUCUAGUUUUUCAGCGUUGGGAAAAAAUAACGGAAAGAUAAGAAUCGACCCCAUAGUGUUUAAAGGAAUAAUAAACUCAGAAUUGAAUUCUCUAUAAAAAGUGUUAUUGUGUGUAAUAAACAGUAAUAUUUGUAA